GGAGUAAUACCUUAUAUUGCACCGGAAAUAUUUAGAGGGUCUGAAUUUUCUAAAGAAGCUGAUAUUUAUGGUUUUGGUAUGAUUAUGUGGGAACUUACAACAGGUUGUAAACCCUUUGAUAAUGUUAAACAUGAUCAUAAUCUUAUUUAUAAAAUUCUUGAUGGAGAACGACCCAAAAUUACAGAAGAUACACCAGAAUGUUACGCUAACUUAAUGAAGAGUUGUUGGGAUCCUGAUCCAAAAAAAAGACCUACUAUAAAAAAAAUU